CGCCCACUCACUUCGCCGCCGCACUGAGGGCUCGGGUCUCGGCGCGCUUCUGUGCGGGAGGCCCGGGCGCUGCCACUGCGCGUGCGCCCUCAGGCUGGAGGCCCCCUGCGCCCCUCCCCCUGCGGCCGGACUUGGUACGGCCGGGCCGGCGGUUGGCGUCCUCCGCGGCUCAAGCGAGCGGCGGGCUUUUCAAAUCGUAGGGGGAGCGGCGGCGGGCCUGGCAGUGGUGCCGAGAUGGAGGCGCAGACCGUGAGGGGUCCCGAGCUCCGCCUGGCGGGCCUUCCCGCCCAGCAGGACUGCAGCAUUCAAGAAAAAAUAGAUUUAGAAAUUCGAAUGCGAGAAGGAAUAUGGAAACUCCUUUCUCUGAGUACUCAGAAAGACCAGAUCUUGCACGCAGUUAAGAAUCUCAUGGUAUGCAAUGCUCGAAUAAUGGCUUACACAUUGGAGCUACAGAAAUUAGAAGAACAGGUUGCAAAUCAAACUGGAAGAUGUGAUACGAAUUUUGAAAGUAAAGAACGAGCGGCAUGUAAAGGAAAGAUUGCCAUAUCAGAUAUUCGAAUACCACUAAUGUGGAAAGACUCUGAUCACUUCAGCAACAAAGAACGAUCACAGCACUAUGCCAUUUUCUGUUUAUUCAAAAUGGGAGCUGAAGUUUUUGAUACUGACAUGGUGAUUGUGGAUAAAACAACCACAGAUAUAUGUUUUGAAAAUGUAACUAUAUUUAAUGAAGCAGGGCCAGACUUUCAGAUAAAGGUAGAAGUAUAUAGCUGCUGUACAGAAGAAUCUUCUAUAACCAACACACCAAAGAAACUAGCCAAGAAGCUGAAGACAUCUAUAAGUAAAGCUACAGGGAAGAAAAUAAAUUCGGUGCUUCAAGAAGAUCAUGAAACAUGCUUGUCCUACAGUUGUGCUAUUUCGGGUACAAAAUAUAAUUUGCUAGCUCAUACUACUCUGACCUUGGAAAGUGCUGAGGAUAGCUUCAAGACCCAUAAUCUGUCCAUUAAUGGAAAUGAGGAGUCUUCAUUUUGGCUUCCCUUAUACGGCAACAUGUGCUGCCGCCUAGUUGCCCAGCCAGCGUGUGUGGCUAAGGAUGCAUUUGCAGGAUUUCUACAUCAGCAGCAAAUGGUAGAAAGCCUGAUUAGUUGGAGAAGCUUGUACUGUGUUUUAAGAGGGGGUAAACUCUAUUGUUUUUAUACACCAGAAGAAAUUGAAGCCAAAGUGGAGCCAACUUUGGUAGUGUCCAUUAACAAGGAAACCAGAAUUCGCGCAAUGGAUAAGGAUGCCAAGAAAAAAAUACAUAAUUUUUCUGUUAUCAACCCUGUUGCUGGACAGUCUGUAACUCAUAUUUUUGCAGUGGACAGUAGAGAAGAUCUCCAGAAAUGGAUGGAAGCCUUCUGGCAGCAUUUUUUUGAUCUUAGCCAAUGGAAGCAUUGUUGUGAAGAACUUAUGAAAAUUGAGAUUAUGUCACCACGGAAACCACCUUUGUUCUUGACAAAAGAGGCGACCUCAGUCUACCAUGAUAUGAGCAUUGAUUCACCUAUAAAACUUGAAAGUUUAACUGAGACCAUACAAAAAAAACUUGAAGAGACAAAUGGACAGUUUCUUAUUGGUCAGCAUGAAGAACCCUCACCACCUCUUUGGGCCAGCCUCUUUGAUGGUAAUCAUGAAGUGGUUAUCCAGAAAAAGGUGUUAUCUCCUGCAAGCAAGCAGUUACAUGACGGGAAAGGGAAAAAGAGACGUGCUCCCCUUCCUCCUUCUGAUAAAGCUCCAUUCAGCUUAAAAACACAGAGCAACACAGAUCAAUUGGUUAAGGACAACUGGGAAAAAACAAGUGUAUCUUGGGCCUCGCCUUUGGAUACCAAAUUAUCAACCCUAAUGCAUCACUUACAGAAACCAAUGGCUGCUCCUCGAAAACUUCUCCCUGCCAGGAAAAAUAAUUUAACUGAUGGCGAACUCACAGACACUAAAACCAAUUUUGAAGCCAAGCCAGUGCCAGCUCCGAGGCAGAAAUCUAUCAAAGACAUUUUGGAUCCUCGAUCAUGGUUGCAAGCACAAGUAUAGAAAACCCUUAAUGUAUAAAACAUUUAAGAAAAUCUAUAACUGUUAGGCUUAAUUCAGAAGCACUGGUGAUAUAGUAAUACAUAAUUAUGUUGGUAAAUAUGAUAGUGAUUUACAUCAAUAAUUAAUAAGCUAUUAGGUAUAAAAAAUGUUUUAUAAUGAAGAAAUGGAUUUCUCUUUUACUUCUGAUUUUCAGAACGUAAGUGAUUUCCCCAGUAGAGUGCAAGAGGCAGUUUCUAGACAAUAUCCUAAUUGUUGGAAGGGUUAAUUUAUUCCUAAAUUAGUACCAGCAGUGAGCAAGCACUAGGCAGAAGAAGGCAUUAAAAUUUCUUUGGGGAGAGACUGUCUAGUAACUUAAAAUGUGUUAAAUCUGAGCCAUAUUCUCAUUGUGAGAAUUUUAAUACUAAUGGAAUGUUUCAAAAGUUUUAUUCAAACCACAAAUUAUAGAAUCCACCCAAGAAAAUUUCUUCUUAGCAUUCUGGAAUUCUCAUCUAAUGGUUCACUGGCUCUCAUCUAUUGUUUAACUCACUAGUUAACUCACUGACCUUUCAAAUUCCUGGGAUAAAUUUUGGAAUAUUAAAUUCUUCAUCUUUAAAGGGGAUUUAUAAUGUGCUAUUCAAAGUUGUUUCCUUGAUGAGCCCUGAAAUCCUGUUGACAUUAACUCAUAAAGUGAAGCAUGACAUUUAUUAGUUUAGAGAAAAGGUAAAUGAAAUGUUCUUUAUUUCCACUUUUCUAUGCAUGGUGCUAAUUUCCAUUGUGACAUUGGAAUUUGGGGAAGUGAGUAGCUGAUUAACACCUUAAAAUUCAUUUAAUGCUUAUUUAAAAAGCAGAUGGCCGAUUGAAAAAUAUCAGAAAAGUUGGCCAUGAUAAUAAUUUUCAGGAUUAAUCCUUUUAAAACAUUUUAAUUAAAUUUCCUUUUUUCUAGUAAGGGUUGAUGUCUGCUAUUGAUAUUAUUCAUUAAAAGUCAUAUUCUUACAACAAUGACAUCGGAAUCAUUUCCAUAGGAGGUAAUUUCCAUAGCAACUAAUCACAGUGACCCAAACAGGAUUAUGAAAUCAACAGCAAGAGGAUGCAUACCUUAAGGAACAAACAAAUCCAUUUUUUAAAUAAUAAUGAUUCCUCUAAACAAGAACUGAACAGUUUUAAAAAUCAAGUCAGAAUUUUCAAAUAAAACAGUUUCCAUAAGGUGUCAGCAACAGCACCAAAAAAUGUGAAAUCACACUGAACCCUAAAUGUCAUUGCAAGAAAUAAAAAUUCAAGAAUUAAAUUACUGGCCUGCGUAUAAUCUCUAGAGAUCUUUUUAAAGCUCAUGAGAACUCUAUUUGGAUCAGAACUACAUUAUUACAAAGUAAAAUGAACACUUGACAAAAAAUAACAUUAAUUUAAAUGGAGCCUUUCAUUAUUUUUAGAUAGCAGUCUUUUUUCAUUUAUAGAGAAUGAUGUAACUGCCAGGUUACUUUUGUGUUUGCCUGGGCCUCCUAGUCAGAAUUGCAACUCGAGGGAGUAAUGAUACAAAAGGUCUCUUGUGACCACAAACACCAGGACAGACAUAGUAUUUGAUGAGAAGGAAGCCCCGUAUGCAUGCCUUAGAGGGUGUAGAGACAGUCACGUGUAUGAAAACCUGCAAAGGUAGGAUUAAUUUGUUUUUUCUAACUAGGAGGCUCUCCUCAAUGUCUGUUGUGGUUGCCAAAUCAGUAAAGGACAUAUUAAAAAUCUACAGGAUAUUAUGGUUUGAAUUUUUGUUUAUUUUUUAAACCUCACUGCUGUUUUUGACAGCAUUUGUGACUGUCAUUGCCACUAAAUUAUUGAGCUAGAAGAUGCUGCAGGCAAAAUUGUUUCUGAAACUGGCAUCUAAGCAUUUUUUUUUUUUUUUAGUGGAAGCCUUCCUUAUAACAACCGGUGUUAAAACUUCCAAAUUAUAUUCUUGUCAUUUCCUCAUGCAUAUUAUAUCAAGAAAGAUUUAAGGUGUACUGGAAAGAGAAUGUACUCCUAGAGAACCUACGUAGCAGUUGUGCCCUCAGUGGGGCACUUUGAAACAAGGCUGAAGCCCUUCCUGCUAGAACCGUCUAUGUGAAGCCUGACCAAGAGCCACCUCCCUCCCGCAAUUAUUCAGGCCGUUUCUGGGGGCGCGUCUCACUGUACGCUAUGCAGCCUUUGCACUCAGGCUGAAGUUUCCAGCUUCACUUCCUUUAACGUUGUGCUCAUUAAAUGUUCAUUCACUUCCCCCCAAAAGGUAUAAUACAGAGUUGGGGCUCCCUCCCUUCCUUCUUUCCAUCUUACUCCCUUCCUUCCUUCCUUCCACAGUUAAAAAAAAUCUAAAAAUACUUAAACGCUUUGUCAAGGAGUUCGUCAAAAGAAGUAUUUGUUUUCGCAUUUCCUAAACCGGAAGUUUAUGACAUAUAAAAAUAUGCCGUCUAACGAAAGACAUUUCAGCUUUUUAUGAGCUGGCUUUUCACAUUCUUUGUCCUUUUAAUUUGUUUCUUGAUAGAUGAAGACCAUAAACUUGAAAACAAAGAGCUGUCAGAUCUUGAUAAUAAUAUUAUAAUUAGAGAAAAAAGAAUAGAUAUUUUAUGAUAUUAUGAUAAUUCUGGUGAUCUGAAGAUAAUGUCUUAGAAAAUUACAUUUACAUUUCAAACUCUGGGAUAUAAAUUACAACAGCAUUAAGAUAGUAUUAUUUUUACUUGCUACAAAGUGGUGAGCUUUUUAUUUAAACAUCUUGCCAAGGACAAAGAAGGCAUCUUGUUACUGGAAACACACACCUCCUAAGGUAAACAGUCUUUCAAAAUAUCAGGCAUGCCAACUCUUGGGGAGUUUGGUUAAAUCCUCCUUAACUGUCUUCAGUGCCCCCUGACUUCUUUUAAAUGGAUGUGCAUGUAUGUGGAAAACUGAUUCCAUUUAUUAUAAAUGCCUUAUCUUUACCCUUUAAGAUCCUACUAAAUACAUUUUUCUAGUAUUUAUUAAAAAUGGAAGCUGCCUUGAGUUAGAGACAAUUCAUCUAAGGUAGGUUAAGCAGUCAAGUAUUUCCUUAGGCUUAUGUUCAGCACCUUAGUCACCUACUGAGAAGUUAAUUAAUUCAGUCCAAAAUGAAAUUAUAGGGCAGUUUGAUGCAAUUUAUGUUAAAUGCCAGUUGAAUGUAAUCACCUGUGUUACCAUGAAUGAGGGGCAACUGUACUAGAUAAAGUGCUAUACCAUGAACAAGAAGAGAAAUGCUUUGGCAGGAAAAUAUCUGUCCCUGUGGUCAGAAUUUAUCAAAAUCCUUGUCUUUUUAAAGAGUGAAUUAUUGAACAGUAAUUAAACUUUAACUGAUGACCAUUUAUACAGGGAUCUAUUAAUCUUAAACUAUAAAGUAGACAGAGUUGAUUUCAAAAGCAUCACUAUUUUUAAAUGUUUACAUGUUUAAUGUAACUCUGCUAAUAAUAGUCAUGAAAAAGCAGUUUAUCUGGGAUCAUGCAUAUUUUUAGUUAACACUAGAAAGGGUAUUACCUUUGAAGUUUUAAAAGACUUCAUUUGAAAAUAUGGUAGUGUGUGUUAUUUUCUAUGACAUGCUUGUAUAAUUGGCAUUUUUGUAAUUUUUAUUUUAUUUUUUUAAAGUAUUUAUUUUGAGUGAGAGCUUGUGCAAGCGGGGGAGGGGCAGAGAGAGAGAAAAAGAGUAUCUUGAGCAGGCCCUACACUAUCAGCGUAGAGCCCCACAUGGCACUUGAUCUCAAAACUGUGAGAUCAUGACCUGAGCAGAAAUCAAGAGUAGGAGGUUUAACUGACUGAGCUACCCAAGCGCCCCUGUAAUUUUUAUUUUUUAUUUUUUAUUAAUUUUUUUUAUGUUUUAUUUAUUUUUGAGAGAGCAUGAGCUGGGGAGGGACAGAGGGAGAAGGGGACAGAAGAUCAGAAGGGGGCUAUUAUGCACUGAGAGCAGCAAGCCUGAUGUGGGGCUCAAACUCACAAACUGCAAGAUCAUGACCUGAGCCGAAGUUGGGUGCUCAAUGGACUGAGCCACCCAGGUGCUUCUCAUUUUUACUUUUUAAUUAAAUGUAGGUCAAGUAUCUGGAUUAAGACAUAUUCUAUUAUGGUUAUCUAUAUAUAUGGUUAUCUAUAUAUAUGGAUAUAUAUAUAUAUAUAAGUACCAGUGAUUGGUAAGGAAGCCAAGGUCAUGUGAUUAAAACUUCUAUACAUUAAAAGAACUGAUUUAUGAAGACAUUUGCUUGAUUUUUCUUUAGAUACUCCUCUGUGCUACAUUGAUAGAAGUAAACUCUUGUGAAGUCAGUUUAAUCAGAGAAAGACAUACCCAGUAGCUGGUGCUUCUUAUUAUAAGACUAAUAUUUGAUAUCCUACAUAUAACUAACAAUUAUUAAAAUGUUUGUAUAUAAUCCUUCUUAUAGGAUACUCUUUUAAAAAUCUACUCAUAUAACCUUAGCUUUAGGCUACUGAUGCAGAAUUUGCCCAGAGCUUUAGGUCACUCUAAUGAUAAAUUAGGGACCUGGGAUACUCAGUUGCUGUAGCCACAAGGAGACUCCUUAUUGUAAUGUACCUCCCUCAGUGCUUAAUUUAUUCCCAUGGAGCUCCUCAAGGGAGGGGGAGAGAAAUGAACAAUCCUGGCUCAAUUAUAUUAUUUCAACAUUUUAUUUUGAAAUUGCGAAGCAUGACCAGAAAUACUUAACAUUUCAUUUUAGGAAAAGCUUCUCUUUCUCUGAGGAGAUUUAUUACAGAGGUAUUUUUAUUAAUCUGAAUAUCGGAAAAUACCAAUCCUGGCAUGUUUGAUCAUUAGAAAAUUAGGCAAGAUCAUUCCAAAUCUUACUGAAAAUUGUGUUUUAAAUCACAGCAGUUUGCUUUCAGAGAUAUGGUAAUCUCUUAUUGUAACUACUAAAGGAGAGAGGGAUUGAAAAGACCUUGUAUGUACAUAAUUGUGCCAUGUCAUAAACAUGUUUCAAGAUUAUCAAAAUAGAAUGUCUUAAACAAAAAGCAGAAUCAGACCUAUAAAUACAAAGGACAAACUGAUGGUUGCCAGAGGGAAGGGGGCUGGGGGCAUGGACUGAAUGGGUGAAGGGGAGUGGAAGACACAGGCUUCCAGUUAUGGGAUGAGUAAGUCACGGGAGUGAAAGGCAUGGCAUAGAGAGGACAGUCAGUGAUACUGUCAUAGCCAUGCAUGGGGACAGGUGGUGGCUACACCUGUGGUGAGCACAGCAUAGCGUAUAGGCGUGUUGCAUCACUGUGUUGUAGACCUGAAACUGACUAACGCUGUGUGUCAGCUAUACUCAAAAACAUUUUUAAUAGAUUUUUUUGUUGUUGUUGAAAAUGGGUACUUUCCUGAGUGUUAUAUUUUUAGGUUUGUUAAAACAAAUUUUCUCUCUGUGUGUGGAUAUAUUUUUGUUGAAUUUAGCCAUCUUAAUAAAUGCUUCUUAAUUGGUUGUUGGCAAUUUUAGUUUUAUAUUAAAGAGGAGAGAGU